AUGGGCGAAAAAACACCUGAAUUAAAAGCAAUAUUAAUUAAGAACGGAAUUGAUGAGAAAAUAAUCAAUAAAAUGGAUUUCGAAGAAUUCCAGAGUUAUGUGGUUGCACUUGGUGAAAGUUAUGGCCGCAGUUUUGAAGAAAUUAAAUCAAAUGUAGAAUCUAAAAAGAAAGUAACAAUAAAUCCUACUGGCCCAUAUCAAGAAAGAGCAACAGUAUCUAACGAUGAAUUUAUUUACAGACAAAUUAGAAAAGUAAAAAGUGAUGAUGAAAUUAUGGAAGAAAGGAAUAUGCGUUCAUCAAUACAAUUACUUAAAAAUCGUCAGAAAUUAGUGAAGACUUUAAUUAUAGACGAAGAAAAACGUUAUUCAGAUUCUGUACAGCAAAUGUACAAAAAUUUACCUCCACAACAAGUUGGAGGAUUUCAUAUUGCUGUUAUUCUUCAUAAUGGCGUUCGUAUAAAUCGAAAUUUCCCAAGAGAUGAUAAAAUUGAAAAUGUUUACGUUUGGGUUGCAGCAAAUGAUAACGUUUUAAAGGACCAAAUUAAGCUUGGCUCGUUUAUUUUAAUUGAUAUUGACGGAAAUGAAAAAGAUCCGAAUGUACAGUUAUCAAAUGUAAUUUCAGAAAACAGAGUAUUGUGGUUUGUUCGACUUAUUUAA